GCGCUUUUUACACCUAUCGCGCACGAUAGCACUCACCCCCAUUGUUUCUGUGUCUUUCCAAAUUCCGCGUCUCCUCUACGCCCUUAUCUUGCUGGAGUACUCGUCCACUACGAUUCCCGAAUUCACGAUAAAGCCAUAGUCCUAUCGACCUUCUCGACGACCAGGCGUUUCCGUAGAUCUGAAAUUUCUACGUUUCGAUCUAUUGUCAUCGACGCUCGAUCUCGGUUGUUUUUCGCUUUGGAAUCCCCCAAAUCGGUCCGAUUUCAUCGAUUUUUCAGAUCAAAUCAGGUAAAAAUCAGAAAGGCCAUCCAAACGUUUAUGUUAGAGGAUUGAAAUCAGCAAUGCAGAGAUAUGAUAGAGAUGAGUAUGAAGAUUUGGAUGAGUACGAAGAGGAGAGUGAAGAGCAAGAAGAGGAGGCAUGUGAAGAGGAAGAAGCUCCCCAGCCCACACAGGAGGAAUUGGAAUACCUUGAAUUGAGGAAGCGAUUAAAAGAAUCCAUUAGAAAGCAGAUGAAGAAGGAAUCUGGUUCCACCCUUGCAAAUUCCCAGGAGAAGAAGAAUAGACUUCCCUAUAACAAUUAUGGAUCAUUCUUUGGGCCUUCACAGGCAGUUAUUUCCCAAAGAGUAAUUCAAGAAAGCAAGUCAUUGUUAGAGAACCCUCAUUUGGCGGCAAAGGUUUCUAAGACCAAUAACCAUGGGAACAAUAAGGGCUCUUCUUCUACCCCUGCAAGAUCGAAGCCUCAAACGAAUGGCCACCCCAGGAAAGUCACAAAUGGGCUAAAAACAAAAGCUCAGAUGCUUAAAAAUACAAGGGAUUACUCGUUUCUGUUAUCGGAUGAUGCAGAGCUUCCAGCUCCUGCAAAAGAUCCUCUACCUCGCAGUGUCUCUGUUCCAAAGUCAGAUGCACGACCAAUUCAAGAGGUACCAAAGAACAAACAGUCAUUGAGCAAUACUGGCAGAAAAGUUCUCAAUGGUCGUGAGGGACGGAAACCUGUUCCGAUAGGCUGCCAAAUGCAAUCUAAAAUGGGAACUCCCAAAUUGGCAUCCACCAGUAAACUGAAUCAGACAUCAGCAGACACCCGGAAACAGCUGGGUAGUAACAAUGGCAGUGGGCCUGGUCGAUCUUCAGGGCAGAAAGAAGUGCCUUUCGGAAUUCCAAGGGGUAGUAAUAAAGGCAGUGGGCCUGGUCGGCCAUUAGGACCAAAAGGAUUGUCUUCAAAGAUUUCUGGAGCCACCACAGAAAAGAAGGUUUCCAUGCCAAAUGCAAAGAGUUGCAUGCCUAGUGUGUACAAACCUGCCCCGUCAAAGUUGCAGCCUUCGAUUUCAAAUCAACCUUUGGUACACAAAAAGGUAUUUCAAGAAUCUAAGAUAAGGCCCAAACAACCAGCGGCAGCCUCAAAACCUCAGGUAAAGCAACCACCAGCAAAGAUUUCAGCUCGUGCUUCAUUACAAGGGGAGCGUCCAAAGAAAAAACCCAUUAGACAGUAUCCUGAUGAUGAUGAUGAUGACGAUGAUGGUGGAAAAGCAAUCAGUAUGAUUAGGAGCAUGUUUGGGUAUAAUCCCAACAAGUAUCGUGAUGAUGAUGAUGACAGUGACAUGGAGGCUGGUUUUGACGAUAUUUUGAGGGAGGAGAAAAGGAGUGCAAUGAUUGCAAAAAGAGAGGAUGAAGAAGAACUUCUCAAGACAGAAGAAGAAGAAAGACGGGAGCAGUUGAGAAGAGAGGCAAAGAAGCGCAAGCUGAGCCAUCGGUGACUGCAAAAAUAAUUAAGACCGAAAUUAGUUGCAGUCCCUUUUAACUUGUAUUUGAUAAAUUUUAUUUGUUAUCCUCAGGUUUUUAUGGGGCUUUAUGUUAAUUAAAAAAGGGAUUCACAUCAGAGAAUUUUGUUCACUUUUAAAUGUCAUCUUUUUCUUUUGUUUUGCUCCAUCCCCUAUUUUCUUCCCUCCAUCAACACAAG